GUUCUAGUUAGGUUUCCAGAUGCCAAGUAUGAAAUUGGUGCUCCAAGUGCCAGGGUUUGCCACUUUAAAAAUAGACACAGAAAACUAUUUGAAGCAAAUUACUACAUUGGCACAAGAGAAAACAUCACUGAGGCAAUAUGAAAAACAAGAGAAUGCAGCACAGUUUGGUGAUUCUGAGAGUUUCAAAGAAAUAAAUGAACUUCAAUCAGAUCUGUUGCAUUUCAAUAAUUUGCCAAAUAUUGUCACUUCAAAGGAACAAGAACAAUGCAAUGAACAGCAUGAAUACCAGAUUAUUAUGAAUACUGCACCGAGUACUGAACAAACACAGUCUCAGAGACAUGGAAUAGUUAUUCAGAGAUCAAUACGAACUUUGAAACCAUUCAAACUUGUAAGACAGCAGUCACAGACAGAAGCAGGUAGCUGAAGAUAAUGUUCCAAUGGAAUUCUGUGCAAACCAGGAGAAGUCUCUGUCAAAAAUUGCUGCAUCAACUUCAAAAGAUGUUUCUAUAAGAGAUGAAUCAAGUGGAAUCCAACAACUGAAAAAGUUUCAGAUGUCAUUAACAACUAAGAACCCAGGACAACCUCAAUAUUGCCCAUUUGUUUCCAAUGACCAGGAAGAUGGUGUACAGUGGUUAGAGAAUAAUCACACUAUUUCAGUGAAUUCAGAUGAUGUAACAGUGAGGAAAAUAGAUGCAAGUCCAUCCAAUGCAUGUGUUUUCACUGAUUCACUUUAUAAAUCUCAGGCACUGAUUGGACUAAAAUCUAUGAAUAGCGACCUCGAAAAGACCAUUAAUGACACACCUGUUUUUCCACGAACACCUGAACAGGUUGAGCUAGGACAAAAGGAAUUUGGAAUGAAUUCUAACUUAUCCAUUGGGAAAACAGCAUCAAAGUCACCUGGGUUUUGUUUCUUGAAUACUUCCACGCCCAAAUCCACUGAAUUUAAUUUAUUUGGAAAAACAGCAUUCGACUUAAGCAACACCCCAGAGCAGAUGACUGACAAUCAAAUGUCUGCUAAUCAGUUUGAGUUUUCAAGUUUGUUCUUCAAGAAAACGCCUGAAAAGGGUAAUUCAGCUAACAUAACAAGCAAUCUUCUGUCAUCACAAAAAGAUAUUGGUAUGGACAGUCCAUCAAAUGGUCAGCCAUUCACAUUUUCCUUCCAAUCUGAUAUGUCUUCAAAUAAUUUUGGAAACAGCAAAGAUGAAUUCAGUUUUGGUUUCUCAUUUGGACAGGAUCAGAAAUCAUCUCAACCAGGUCUUUUCAAAUUCUUUUAAGUGCAGAUGUCCUUUGUCUUUUGAAUCCAAUUAGCAAUAACAAAUGGAAGAUCAAAAAUAUUUAUUUUCUUGAUUUGGAGACUGAAUUAUAAUAUUUUUCUGGUUAGUCUGAAUAAAAUAAUAGUAAUGUGAUUUUAUAUUAGUUUUUCAUUUUAAAAAUGGGUUGCAAAUGCAAAGGUUAUUUCAACAGUCAAUGUUGUAUCACCUGAAAUACCUCUUAAUGUUAGAUCAGAAAUGUGUGGCUACUGAACUGAAGAUCCCGAACAUAAGUUAACUAGUAGACAUUUAGAGUUGUCUCAGUUUAAAGUAUUGUUAUUUCACCAGUUGUAUUUAAUGCAUAUCCAGCUGGCAUAAACUGUUCUGUUAUUUUACAUAAAUAUAAAAAAAGCUAUUGUACAGCAAAAUUACUUGUUUUUUUUUCCAGUUUAAUACUAGUCUGUGGAAGUGCAAUACAGCUGACAUUUCUGCUAAUUGUUAGCUUAAAGGCAGAAUUGACUGAUAAUGUAGAAACUCUGUAAGCACAUUUUUUUCAGUUAUUGCGUAAGUGUAUUAAAUUAUAUGAUGCUGUUGCUUGAUAUGAUCUUGAAGCCACUUGGUAUUCUAAAAU